AUGCAACUAGAGUAUUUGCUGACAAAUUACAACAAUUUCAUCGCCGUUGACGUUCAAUCAGCUCAGGUCGAUCCCUUGCCAACUAUAUGGAAACGUUUCGAUUGGUGGACUGAAUUUAGCGAGAAGAACGUCACUCGGGUUGACGAGCUCUGGAGCGCGAUAUUGCCCUCGCAUGGCUUCGUGGCUAUGGACACCUCGUGGGCUAGGCGCCACAAUACACCUCUCUAUGUCUUCGGAGAUGAUACUGCUGGUGACGGGCAAUACCAUCAAUGUCGGGAUUGGAAUGCACUUCGGGAUUUUGCAACGGAGAACACAGCCUGCUAUCGUGAUAGCGUUACCCCAAUCAUUCUUGGAGAUCAUUUCGGCUAUUGCGACGAUGGAAAUGACGGUGUGAUAGAUGCCAGAAGGGCGAAUGUCACGGUCGAGGAGGUGCACUUGUAG